GGCGCGCGGGGCAGGCCGGGAGCGGUAGUCCUGGGGCGGCAUGGCGGGGCUGGAGCUGCUGUCGGAGCAGGGCUUCCGCCUGGACGGGCGGCGGGCCGGCGAGCUCCGGCAGCUGCGCGCCCGCAUGGGGGUCUUCGCCCAGGCCGACGGCUCGGCCUACCUGGAGCAGGGCAACACCAAGGCGCUGGCCGUCGUCUACGGGCCCCACGAGGUGCGGGGCUCCCGCGGGAAGGCGGGGGCGGCGGCGGGGGCGCUGGUGAACUGUCAGUACAGCCUGGCCACCUUCAGCACAGGCGAGCGCAAGCGGCGUCCUCACGGCGACCGGCAGGGCCAAGAGCUCAGCCUCCACCUCAAGCAGACCUUCGAGGCCGCCAUCCUCACCCAACUCUACCCCCGCUCCCAGAUCGACAUCUACGUCCAGAUCUUGCAAGCCGACGGCGGGAACUACUGCGCCUCGGUGAACGCAGCCACCCUGGCAGUCAUCGACGCAGGCAUCCCCAUGCGGGACUACGUGUGUGCCUGCUCGGCCGGCUUCAUUGAGGACACCCCCUUGGCCGACCUCAACUACGUGGAGGAGACGGCCGGGGGGCCCCAGCUGGCCCUGGCGCUGCUGCCCAAGUCCGACCAGAUCGCCCUGCUGGAGAUGAAUGCCCGCCUGCACGAGGACCACCUCGAGCGCAUCCUCCAGGCCGCCAGCAAGGCCUGCAAAGACGUCCACGCCCUGCUGGACCAGGUGGUGCGCGAACACCUGCAGGAAGUCACGGCCCUGCUGGGCAAGUGAGCCCAGGCCAGCUGCAGCCCUGGGGGGGGGAGGUGGAGGCCUAUCCUCCCUCCCCAGGCUGUGCCCCCACCCUCUGCUUGGGGGGAACCACUGCGCUGCCACUUGAUGAGGAAAAGCAGCGUGCAUGCAUGGAGAUUUGCUAUAGGUUGUUUGAAUAAAAUGUUGAAUGAAACUGGUUUUUUACUGGUCAAAGAAUAAAUAUUCUUCCAAAGAAA